AUGGAGAGCGUUGAUGAUAUGAACUUUGAAGCUCCACAUGAUAUGGGCACCCUCGACGACGAUGACGACGACGACGACGACCCUGAUGAAGAUGCCGGCGCGGAUGGCGAGACGGAUGAAGAAAAGACAUUAUACCUCAAACCACCGGAAGAACAACAGGAGAUCCAGCUAGAAAUUUCCAAUCUCAACAGUGCUGUUCCGUCGUUAUCAGAAGACUACACCAUCGUCGACCGCCUUGGCACAGGGACAUUCUCCUCCGUAUACAAGGCUAUAGAUCUGGCCUAUCAUUACAAAUGGGACAACACUGCGUGGCAUGCUUGCCAUCCUCCCAUAUCCUCUGCACAUUACCAAUCAGCUCCUUAUCCUCCUGGUACCAAAGUCUUUGUUGCCAUCAAAAGAAUAUAUGUCACAAGUAAUCCAGAGCGAAUACGAAAUGAGAUCUCGAUCAUGGAAGACUGUAGGGGAUGCCGUCAUACUUCUCAGCUUAUCACCGCAUUCCGACACCAGGAUCAGGUAGUCGCUAUCAUGCCAUAUACCCGCAAUGAGGAUUUCCGAGAAUUCUACAAAGAUUUAUCUAUGGCUGGUGUCAAAGCAUACUUUCGAUGUAUGUUCCGUGCGUUACGCGAUAUCCAUGCCAGGGGUAUCAUACAUCGGGACGUUAAACCUGCCAACUUUUUGUAUGAUCCUCGAACAGGCAUAGGUGCCCUGUGCGACUUUGGGCUUGCAAGUAGAAUGGAUGGAUCUACGCCGGCGCACGGUGCAUGCUUACAUACCUCUGCUACACGGGAGCAUCCUCACGGCAAGAUAAGAGGUCGGAAUGACUAUGAUGUCGACCUCCUAAAGAAGAUGCAGAGGGAAGCCCGACAGAAAAGCUCGUGGCCAAGCGAUCGUGUUGGUUAUCCUGACAAAGAUACGAGAGCGCCCUCGAAAGCAAACAGGGCAGGCACGAGAGGCUUCAGGGCCCCUGAAGUCCUUCUAAAGUGCAGUCAGCAAACCGGUGCCAUUGAUAUUUGGUCUGCUGGCAUGAUCCUUCUCUUCUUCCUCACGGAAAAAUUCCCUCUUCUACAGUCCAGUGAUGAUAUGGAAGCUCUCAUGGAAAUAGCUACCAUUAUCGGACGACAGAAAAUGGAGAAAACUGCGAUCCUGCAUAGUCGAACAUUUGCGACAAAUGUGCCUUCGAUAUCACAAGAAGGCAUAAGCUGGCGCGAGUUCGUUGAAAAACAAAAUCCUAACAUUUUCAAACCUUUUACGCCAGACCCUCGAUACUACCCCUACAAUAACUACGAUACACAUUCCCCUGGAGGACGCAACUAUCCGCCUCCUACACCAGCACCCCCAACAGCUGAUUCGCACCGAGCCGACGUCGAAGCCGCGCUUUCUCUUCUUGCGGAGGUAAUGCAUCCCGAGUCAACACGGCGCAUUACUCCGCGGGGAGCACUAUAUCACCCGUUCCUUGCAGAUCCAUCGGAGCCCGAAGACGAUGACCUAUUCCCACACCCGUUUGGCGAUGGCGUAUGUGGGAAGUGGCAUUACGUGGAUGAAGGAACGGAUGAGCAGUGUGUAAUUAUUUUAGAUGAGGGGGAGCAAAAGGGGAGGCGAGUGAUGUCUGGGGAGGGUAUAGCUAUAGGAAGGUGGCCGUGUGAGUUCCAUAGGAGCGAGUAUUAUGAGGAGUAA